AUGAGCUCAGUCCAUCCAAACUCAGAGAUUGUGAGAGAAGAUACAAUCCAAUUACAUGGAUCGCACGUUGGAAAGCGUGACAACACCGUGGUUGACCAGGAUACGCACAACGUGGCAGUGUCACCGCGACAGUCCAAUUCCUGUCUAUGGUUGAUUUAUGGAUUUUCUAAAGAGAUCAGCAUAGGUGGCGUUAAGUAUAUUGGAGAUCCCAAUCUGGGAAUACUUAGACGAUUUAUCUGGUUGGUUUUGGUCAUCCUUGGACUCGCCGGGUUAAGUUAUCAAGUUAUAGUUAGUAUAACUACUUUCAAAUCUUGGCCAACCAAUACUAACAUGAAAAUUGAGUAUGCUGACAAAAUGGUCUUCCCCGCUGUAACUAUUUGUAACUAUAAUCCAUUGAGAAAUCACAUUGUGCAAUCGCAUGGAGACGACAUUAUGAAUAUGAUCACGGCUAUGUUCACCGUGUACACAGUAGAAUCUGACCCUCCGGAUUUCUCGAAUAUUGACUUUGAAGGGUUUGAUAUGACAGCCUUCCGCAUAGAAACAGCUCACACAAAGGAGGAUAUGGUUGCAAGAUGUUCUUGGAAGCAACAGCCUUGUAGUUCAGAUAAUUUUACGAUGACCUUAACAGACUUUGGUGUAUGCUACACUUUCAAUUCUGGUGACAUUGACAUGGAAUUAUUGCAGGUAGAGGCUAAAGGAAGUCGAUUCGCAUUGACGGUGACUCUUAACUUGGAACAGUGGGACUACAUUCUAGGUGCAAGUGAAGUAGCUGGAUUUCGCUUGGCAAUCCAUGGACAAACUGAAAUACCAAUGAUCAGAGAUUCUGGAUUUGCUAUAGCACCAGGAACACGAACUCUCAUCGGAAUACAAAAAAGACAGAUGACCAAUUUGCCGUCACCACAUGGAAAGUGUGCGGAGCGGUUUUUGAGAUAUUAUAGUACGUACACAUAUAGUGCGUGUCUCAUGGAAUGUGAAACAGAUUACUUGAUUGGCAAAUGUGGAUGUCGUAAUUUCUAUAUGCCAGGCAAUGCAACAGAGUGUAAUCCAGAAGAACUGUAUGUGUGCGGAUACAUCGCAGAAAGUGAUAUUGGUGGUUCCAUGGGAUUGCUGCUUGGAGCAAGUGCAAUAACUAUCGUGGAAUUGAUGGAUUUUUGUUUUGUCAAUAUUUUUAGAAGGUGUUUUGCGUAG